GAUGUCGCCUACCUGCGCUCCGUCCUGCCCAGCACCACGGAGGACGCCUUCUUCAGUUACCUGGCCACCCUGGACGCCUCGGAGGUGACAGUGUCCGCUGUGCCGGAGGGUUCCGUCGUCUUUCCCAGGGUAGGACACUCUUGCCUGGUGGCCACCAACGCCGCUCGCUUCCGACUCCUUGCCGGUCCGGACAUGAAGCUGAUGGAGAUUGGGCUCCGUCGCGCUCAGGGGCCGGACGGUGCCCUUUCGGCCUCCAAGUACUCCUACAUCGGGGGCUUCGACUGCACCAGCAACGUCCUGGCGGGGAAGCUCUACGGCAUCCCGGUGCGCGGCACCGUCGCCCACUCCUUCAUCAUGUCCUUCACCUCGCUGGAGGAGGUGCAGCCACGGAAGGCGAACCGGGGUGAGCUGGCCGCCUUCGUGUCCUACGCCAUCGCCUUCCCGCAGGACUUCCAGGGGCUGCUGGACACGUACUGCGUCAGGAGGAGCGGUUUGCCCAACUUCUGUGCCGUGGCGCUGGCCCUGCACCAGCUGGGUUACCAGGCCAUCGGCGUGCGCCUGGACAGCGGGGACCUGGCCCAGCAGUCCAAGGAGAUCCGCCGCGGGCUCCGAGCCUGCGGUGCUCGCUUCCAGGUGCCCUGGUUUGAGACCAUCCCCAUCGCCGUCAGUAACGACAUCAGCGAGCAGAGCCUGGAGGAAUUCAGCCGGGAGGGGAGCGAGAUCAACAUGAUCGGCGUCGGGACCAACCUGGUGACGUGUCCCCUGCAGCCGUCGCUGGGCUGUGUUUACAAGCUGGUGGAGGUUAACGGUUCCCCAUGCCUGAAGCUCACAGAAGAGGAGGAGAAGAUCACGAUCCCAGGGACCAAGACGAUCUAUCGGCUCUAUGAUGCUGCUGGUCACCCCUUCAUGGACCUCAUGGCGCUGGAGGAGGAGCCCUCGCCCACCACAGGGCAGGAGCUGGUGGUCCGUGUCCUGGAGCGCAAGGGUGCCUCCAAGGCCGGGCCCACCACUGUGGAGCCCCUCCAUCGCACAUACUUCCGAGACGGCCAGGUGUGUGAGCUGCUGCCCAGCCUUCCGGAGGUGAGGAGCCACCCCACGUGA